UAAACCCCUUUACUUGUUACAACUUUACGUGUUAUCUGCCCAUUGUAAUAAAUAAACAUAAUAUGUUUAUCUAUCUGUUAUUAAUAGAGGAAGAAUAUAGCUUAAGGCAAAACACAUAAGUAAUCAUAGACUGUAGCCAAGAAGAUAGUAAUACUUCGAAGAUGGAACUAAAAUGGUGCCUUCGUGUGCUGUCGACAAAACUGGAACAACGUGGAAGACCGACGGGAGGUUUUGACAGCUGGAUGGGACAAAACAGUUCACAGGGUGCUAGAAUGACUUCGACCGUCGUCCGUGUGAUCGUGGUGGGAGCCGGCAGUCGAGGAGAGAUCUACUCACAGUUUGCGUCCCUCCACCCUGACCGCGUUAUGGUUGUUGGAGUAGCGGAUCCAAGGAGAUUUGCUCGCACUAAACUUCAACAGCAACACAACAUUUUAGAUGAAAACAUAUUUGAAGACUGGCACAGUAUAGUUCAAAGAGAGAAGUUUGCAGAUGCAGUGUUAAUUUGUACACCAGACCGCCUCCAUAAGGAACCCGCGGUGGCCUUUGCAAAGCAGGGCUACCAUAUUCUGCUGGAGAAACCAAUGGCAACAACUGCCGAAGACUGCACAGCAAUUGUGGAGGCUUGCACUCAGAGUGGCGUGAUGCUAUCCGUGGGUCAUGUUCUCCGGUAUGAUCCGGUCAUCCACAAGAUAAAGGAACUGAUAGAUGCUGGAGUAAUCGGUGAUGUGAUACACAUUCAACACCUUGAGCCGGUCGGGUUUUAUCACUUUGCUCACUCAUUUGUUCGAGGGAACUGGAGGAAUGAAGCGGAGAGCUCUUUUGCUCUUUUGGCUAAAUCGUGCCAUGACAUCGACCUAAUCCAUCACUGGGCCGGACCACGCAGGUGUGUGAAAGUGUCAUCUUUUGGAUCCGUCAGCCACUUUGGAAAAGAAAACAAGCCGACAGGUGCCGGAAAUCGCUGCCUGGAUUGUUCAAUAGAAGGAAACUGUCCAUACUCGGCCUCCAAAAUCUACUUGGACAGAGUGAAACAGGGUCACACUGGCUGGCCUGUUUCAGUCAUAUGUCCAAGCUCGCUCCCAGACAUCGAGUCCGUGACUGAGGCCCUGAGGACCGGGCCGUAUGGCCGCUGUGUCUACGAGUGUGACAAUGAUGUGUGCAGUAACCAGGUUGUUAACAUGGAGUUUGAAGGGGGUCUGACGGCAGCCUUUUCCAUGGUGGCAUUCACUGAGGAGAUAUGCAAGCGGAAAACAACAAUCUAUGGCAGCAAGGGGGAGCUGUCAUGUGACGGCCACGAGGUACAUGUGUUUGACUUUCUGACCAAGAGAUCCACAAAGCACAAGGCACACAAUGACGCCCCCCGGCACUUUGGCAUGAGUGGACAUGGUGGAGCAGACUACCACCUUAUGGGUGCCUUCAUUUCUGCUGUGGCUAACAAUGAUCCCUCCCACAUCCGUUCGGGUCCUGAAGAGACACUGCUGAGCCAUUUGCUGGUGUUUGAAGCGGAGCGUUCUCGACUGGAGGGCCGGGUGGUGUACUGUGGUAAAAUUGGCCAAAGACCGAUGACUGAAAAACACACUGAUGUUAAAAUGAUCUCAACGUAAAAAUCAAACACUAUAAUGAAGCUUAGCAGAAGUUCACUAAUUAUCUUAGUUCCAUGGUGUUUUCAAUUUGUUAAUUGUUGUACAUUACAUUACAUGUCAUUUAGCUGACGCUUUUAUCCAAAGCGACUUACAAUAAGUGCAUUCAACCAUGAGUACAAACUUCAGACGGGUUGAGAGUGG